UGGCUCCAAAGCAGCCGUCGCUCCAAUCUGGAUGCAAUAGGUGCCAUUACGAGAGCUGGAUCACUUCUGCGACGAGAUUCACCUCUUCUCCCUCAGCAUGUAUUGGACGACUGCCUCUGCCAAGCUCCCGACCUCGCCGAACCGCUCUUGGGGCCACAAGACCCGAGGCUGUGCGCAGAACCGCAGCCGAAGCUGGACCAAUGGGCUGCCUAUCGAGGAUGGAGUGGUACAGCAACGCUUGUGGAGCUUAGUAACGAGCCAUUUGACCAGGACAGUCAGGCGACCGCUUUAUUCGUCUCUAAUUCAGAGACUGUUAUCUGCAAAAAGGGACCGGGAGAGUCCAGCCUCAAGAACAGCUCAGAAUCGCAAAGCGAUGCUGAUGACUCUUGCUUUCUCUCCUCCGAACUUCCGCCCUGGGACCCUCGAGUGAAGAGGAAAGACUCGAGCCCCGUUUACAGCCACACCUUCUUCCCUCUGCCUUUAGGAUCUGAGGAUCGACCCGCUCGGUUACCAACGAGGGAUCGGGUGGCCAGAUUGGCCGGACUUUCGGACAGGACGAUGCAAGCAGAGGAGGACGAGGGGAUAGCAGAUGAAACGACGGUAGACGACGGAGAGAAGGGUGCGAUGGAGCGCCAUCUUCUGCCGAAGCCGAGAAGGGAUCCGAUCUCGGAAGCUCGCCCUUCAAACACAAACAUGCCACUUUCUAAUGGGCCCACCCGGAGCCGGCGGAAGGCAGGUGAAACGGAACAGGACGGUGCAGCUUCCCCAUCUUCGCCUGGCCGGAUAGACGACGUUGCUAUUCUGGCAGACACUGCUUCGCUCUACUUCACUGGCGAAAUGGGAGAUGGCGGAGGGGUCAAGAAACAUCGACGCAACAGGACCACCUUCACUACAUUUCAGCUACACGAACUGGAGUGUUCAUUUGAGAAGGGCCAUUAUCCCGACGUCUAUAGUAGAGAGGAUUUAGCUAUCAAGAUUGGCCUUCCCGAGGUUCGUGUUCAGGUAUGCAUUGCAGGAAGAAUCGUUUUCUGGUACCAGCAACGAGAGAUAGUAUCCAGUUUGGGCCAGAAAUUAUAUAGUCCAGGAUUUAUCUGA